UUACUAAAUUUUAGUAUUUUACCGACUUUUUCUAGUAAGCUACUGCGUAUAUCUACAAUUAUUUAAAAUUAAAUGUCAUAAAAUAACAUAAUAAAUUAUAAUGAGCAAUGCAAUAAAAACCCAAAAAAAAACUAUUGGCUUGCAUGAUAUUUGUAAGAAAAAUUCCAAGAUUCCAAUAACGAAUCCUGGACACAAAUCAAGCAAGAUAGACAACCAAAUGAAAUCUCUUGAAUUAUUGAGUAUAAAACCAGAAACAGAUCCAGAUAAUUCAUUAACAUGUUCUAAUAUUUCAGUUCCAUCAAAUGCUACAGAGUUGACAGAAACAUCAUUUCUAGAUAAAUCAAAUUCAGCUGAAUCUUCUUCAUUGAUAUUAGAUACAUUCAGUCAGUCAUCAGCAUCAAAAUUAAUACGCAGGAAAAUACCAAGAGCUGGUCACUUAAUGACUCCACGGCACUUAUGGAUCCAAUCAAUUCCACCCAAAGCUUGCGAUGUGGUUUUAACAUUCACCAAAACUACAGACUAUAAGACUAUCGAAUGGGUAAAAUCACUAAUAGUAGACGAGUCUAAUGGUUUCAGUUUAUCCGUGAAUGUCCAAUAUCAUUCAUCAACCGACUCAUACUGUUUUUACUUGACAGCUUCUUUUCAUGUUCUGAUGAAAGCUGCUCAAGAUGUACAUUUACCAAAAAAAAUUAUUGGUGGUGGUGGCCUAAGAGAAUUUAUACUUUCUGAAAUGAAUAUAUUUGAAGGAAUCGAGGAUCAUUCAAAUUUUUUCACUAUGCAAGAAAGGCAAACAUUGAUUUUAUAUGUAUUAAAUACACUCAGGGUACAAAAUUGUGAUUGGCUCACAGAACUAGUUGAAAGCCAACCAUUAAUUUCAGAAUGUAUGUCAAAUGGAAUAAUUGAACAUUUAUUCCCAGUUCAUGAGAAUAAGACAUUAAAAUGGUUGCGUAUUAUCUGGGUAAAGUCAUUUUUCAGCUUACAACCUUUGGAUAAGGUUUGUGAUUAUUUUGGUGUCAAAGUUGCCAUGUACUUUGCAUGGAUUGGACACUACACUGGUUCAUUAAUAUAUCCAGCUAUUGCUUAUUCCACAUUUUGGUUUGGGUUUGGAAGACAACUGGAUCAAUGGACAGAAGGAGUAUGGUUUGUUGUGUUGGCCUUUAUGAAUGUUCUCUGGCUGACAGUAUACUUAGAAACAUGGAAACGCUACUGUGCUGAAUUAGCCUAUCGAUGGGCUACACUAGAUCAAAGACAUCAGUUUCUGUUACAACCUCGUCUAGAAUUUAAAGGUCAUCCGCGAAUUAGUCCGAUAACUGGUAAAGCUGAACUAUGGUAUCCAAAUUGGAAACGAAGGCUGUUCAGUUAUUUUGUCAGUGCACCCAUCAUUGGUCUAUGCUUGGCAGUGGUCUUCGUUUUAACAAUAUUACAGAUAAAAUUACAAGACUGGUGGGAUUCAUACAUUGAAACAAAUGAAUAUCCAACGUAUUUAAGUUACAUUUCCAAAAUUAUGUUAGCCCUUAUCAUCGCUGUGCUUGAUGACAUUUACAACAUUAUUGCCGUGUGGCUGAACGAUUGUGAAAACUAUAGGUUGGACACUGAAUAUGAAAACCAGCUGAUCAUCAAAGUUACACUGUUUCAAUUUGUCAACUCAUUUUUGUCUCUCUUCUACAUCGCUUUCUAUUUGCAAGACCAGGAAAGACUUAGAACGCAAUUGGCCGUGCUUCUAAUCACCAGACAGCUAAUACGCAACAUCAAAGAGUCGGCGCUCCCUUACGUGCUAGAACAAAUCCGUUUUGCCAAAAUCAGCUUUGACCUGUUUGGUGCAUUGACACCAUCUGACGGCCCGGCCAAACCAAACGGUGAGCGCGUCGUGUCACAGCCGGAACUUGAGUGUUCAAUGUUUAAAUUUGAUGGUACGUUCUCCGAACACUUGGAAAUUUUCAUCCAGUUUGGUUACGUGGUAAUGUUCUCGUCAGCAUUCCCUCUGGCCGCCCUGUGCGCGUUCCUUAACAAUCUAAUCGAAAUACGUAGUGAUGCAUUUAAAAUGUGCUACGUGUACCAAAGGCCGUUCGGUCAACGGAUCAAGGACAUCGGCAUGUGGCAGAACAUCAUGGAAGUUAUGGGAUUCAUCGCGGUGCUUGUAAACUGUGCCCUGAUCGGUCUCAGUGGUCAAGUCCACCGAUUGCUGCCUGACAUGACAGCGAUUCAAACAGUCUUGUUGAUCGUCGCUCUCGAGCACAUAAUGUUGGCUUUCCGAUGCGCACUAAGCUGUCUAAUCCCAGACGUACCACAAUGGAUAGCCACUGAAAUGGCUAAGACCGAGUACAUUAGACGCGAAGCGGCGUCUUCCAAAUCUCAGUGAAAAGGAGCCACCGAUGAUGGAUUAAAUAGAUCUCACCGGUUUUGUUUAAAAAUAUUUGUUUUAAACUGAUGUCGAACGCUUGUUAUUCCUCGUAACUUUCAAUAGUUGAUCUAUCACUGCGCAAAUUGUUUAUGGAUACUGCCACACUGGCCAGGUUCAUACUUUAUGUAUACGCUAGAAUAGCGUUUCCUGUAAUAAAUUGGCCAUAAUUUAAAUAAUUUGAUAAAUUAAUAUUUAUUACUUCGUCGUUUUUUGAUCACCAUAUUGUUUUCAUACAUUUUAUUAUAUAUUUAUAUUAUCACAUAAUUUCUAUUCCUACCUAUUUUAAUAUUUCCAUUAGUUUUUAGGUACUUACAAGGAUUUUCGCUUCACGUGCAACUGAUGUACCUACUUACCUGCACAGUACAGUGUAAUUGUUAUUAUUAGUGAAUAAGGGUAGUGAAUAUAAAGCUUUAGUUGUUACUUGUUAUAUUUACCAACAAAAUGUUUUUAAUUUUAACUGAUUUAAAAUAAUAAUAAUCUCUUUGAUAAUAUCUUGUUUGCCUAUAAUAUCGUGUUAUUCUCUUUUUAUAUUAUGUGUCAAUGAAUUUCCAUUAUUUUUGGCACUUAACUUCGUUCACAAAUAAAAUAAUUCAUAUACCAUAAGAAGUUUCUUACUUAUUUGUUCCGUGUUUGUAUUUAUACAAAUUUUAUUUACUUGUAUGUAUAUACUCUUUAUUAUAUUGUAUACACUUAUAAUUACUACUAUACAUACUACUUAUAUAUAUUUAUUUAAUGAAGUUGUAUUUAUUCAUGUUUAUGAUUGAUAAUAUCUAUUGUUAUUUAAAACUAAAUACAAGACUGAUCUCUU